UUAAGAUUGAACUUUUUUUGGUGAGGUUCCUGAGAGAGGAACGGCAGCGGCUAUAUUUUGAAAUUUCAACUACUCUACUCUUCUCUUCUAAAACACGUUAAAGAUUAACAACAAAAUGAAUAUUUUCAGUCUGAUCAAGAAAGUGGUUAAGGAAUCAAUCCCAGGAUUCUUAUACAUCGUUGGUUUAGCUGCAAGCCAAAUUUCUGAUUCUUUUCAAGUUAUUUUCCCUAACAAGGUGUGGGAGAGGGUCAAUAAAAUACUAUUGAUUAUAUGUGGAUUCUUAGGUAUCGGAGCUUAUUUCAUUGAAAAACGUCAAAAUCCAAAUGAUUUAAAUGAUCUCAGACAACAUUUUAAUGUUGCUAAUGAAAAUUCCGUUAUAUCCAAAGUGACACGUUAUGAUCCCUAUUUGAGUGAAACAAAUCAACGCUCAUUGAUUAAUAAAGUGGAUGGAUUAGAAAGAGAUGUUACUAAUUUAAAGAGUUCGAGCUCAACAAUAAAUAAUCCAGCUUAUGAACAUGAAUUAGUUUAUGGUGAUUUAGAUGAUUUAGAAGAUCAAGAAAUUGCUGUUAAUAUUGAAGAAUUAGUUGAAGAAGGUUUCUCUUUCUUUGUUGGUUGGCCUAAAUUGGCUAAUCAAGCUUUAGGUUGA